AUGUCCAGUGACACCAGUAUUACCGACGGCCUCGCGCCCAAGAUCCAAGGCCGGCUGCUGCUUCUGUCCAACAGGCUGCCCAUUACCAUCAAGCGGUCCGAUGAUGGCAGCUACACCUUCUCCAUGUCGUCCGGAGGACUUGUCACUGGUCUGAGUGGUCUGAGUAAAACAACAAGCUUCCAAUGGUACGGCUGGCCAGGUCUCGAAGUUCCUGACAAUGAGGUGGAUGGCAUGAAGAAGCGACUCAAGGACGAGUACGGCGCCCAUCCAGUUUUCAUUGACGACGAGCUUGCUGAUAGACAUUACAAUGGAUUUGCAAACUCCAUUCUCUGGCCAUUAUUUCAUUAUCACCCCGGGGAGAUUACGUUCGAUGAAUCCGCAUGGGCUGCCUAUCAAGAGGUGAAUAACUUGUUCGCCGAAACCGUCAUCAAAGACGUCCAAGACGGCGACUUGAUUUGGGUUCAUGACUAUCACCUCAUGCUUUUGCCACAAAUGCUGCGCCAGAAAAUUGCGAAAACGAAGAACAAGGUCAAGAUUGGCUUCUUUCUUCACACGCCUUUCCCAAGCAGCGAGAUUUAUCGUAUCCUGCCUGUCCGCGAGGCACUGCUGCGCGGUCUUCUGGACUGCGAUUUGAUUGGAUUCCAUACAUACGACUACGCACGCCACUUUUUGAGUAGCUGCUCACGCAUCUUGGGUACGCAUACCACGCCGAACGGCGUUGAUUGGAACGGGAGAUUUGUCACCAUUGGGGCGUUUCCCAUUGGCAUCGAUCCCGACAAGUUUGUCGAGGGCUUGAAGAAGCCCUCUGUAAAGGAGCGCAUUGCUGCCUUGAACCGCAAAUUCGAAGGGGUCAAACUGAUUGUUGGUGUUGAUCGCCUGGAUUACAUCAAAGGAGUGCCACAAAAGCUGCACGCUCUCGAAGUUUUUUUGACAGAGCAUCCAGAAUGGAUAGGCAAGGUCGUGCUGGUCCAAGUUGCCGUUCCCUCCCGACAGGAUGUGGAGGAGUAUCAAAAUCUGCGCGCCGUGGUAAACGAGCUCGUCGGUCGCAUCAACGGCAAAUUCGGUACCAUAGAAUUCAUGCCCAUUCACUUCCUCCACCAGUCCGUCUCCUUUGACGAGCUCACGGCGCUUUAUGCCGUGUCCGAUGUGUGCCUAGUUUCAUCAACACGGGAUGGCAUGAAUCUCGUCUCGUAUGAGUACAUUGCUACGCAACAAGAAAGGCAUGGUGUCAUGAUUCUCAGCGAAUUCACGGGUGCCGCGCAAUCCCUCAACGGCAGCUUGAUCGUCAACCCAUGGAACACUGAAGAGCUGGCCAACGCCAUUCACGACGCCGUCACCAUGAGCCAGGAGCAACGCGCGGCCAACUACAAGAAGCUUGAGCGCUACGUUUUCAAAUACACAAGCUCAUGGUGGGGCACGAGCUUUGUGUCCGAGAUGAACCGUCUCGACUCUUCUGUCCAGCCCAAGACGUUGCGCAACGUCUCCGGGGCUGUCGUGGGGCCCGGUCAAGAAGACGAUGAGGCAGUUUCCCCAACUCAGGAAUAG